AUGGCAGCUCCGACGCAGCUUUCUUACCGCACGGUGAAGGGAAUUGGCAUCUUGGAUGCUACCCCCGUCUAUGAGUCCCUGUCGGGGUUUGAGAGACCUGAGGGAAACCUCCGCUGUAGCGCCUAUUCUCCCUGCGGCCGUUAUUUCGCCUUUGCUUCUCCCGAUAAGGUCACCGUCGUCGAUCCGUCCGUCGGUCAUGUCAUCUCCACCAUCGCCGCCGAGAACGUCUUCGAGCUGGGUUUCUCCCCCCUGGGUACCUACCUAAUCACCUGGCAGCGCCCCUCGAAGGAUGGAAACGGCGACGCCGUCAAGAACCUCAAGGUGUGGCAGGUCGUGAAUGAGAACGUCGUGGUCGGCAGCUAUGUCCAGAAGUCCCAGACCGGCUGGAACCUGCAGUAUACCGCGGAUGAGAAGCUCUGCGCGCGCGUCGUCACCAACGAGGUCCAGUUUUACCAGAGCGAUGACCUGUCCAAGCCCUGGAACCGGCUGCGCGUCGAAGGUGUCGCCGAUUUUGCCCUGUCCCCGGGCAAGACCAAUUCGGUCGCUGUGUUCAUUCCGGAGCGUAAGGGUCAACCCGCCGCAGUCAAGGUGUUCGUUGUGCCGAACUUCGCCUCCGCCGUUUCCCAGAAGAACUUCUUCAAGGGAGACAAGGUUCAAUUGAAGUGGAACGCAUCGGGUAACACCCUGCUGGUGCUGGCGCAAACCGAAGUCGACCGCUCGAACAAGAGCUACUACGGAGAGACCACUCUGUACCUCCUGGGUGCCAGUGGCGGCUUUGAUUCUCGCGUGGAACUGGAUAAGGAGGGCCCCAUCCACGACGUGUCCUGGUCUCCCAACUCCAAGGAGUUCGGCGUGGUGUACGGCUACAUGCCCGCCCGCACCCGCAUCUUCAACUUCCGCGGCGUGACGCAACAUGACUUCCCCAUGGCGCCGCGGAACACCAUCCUGUUCUCGCCCCACGGCCGGUUCGUCCUCGUGGCCGGAUUCGGCAACCUGGCGGGCCAGAUGGACAUCUACGACCUGGAGAAGAACUACGCCAAGGUGACCACCGUCGAGGCGGCCAACUCCAGCGUGUGCGCCUGGUCGCCGGAUGGACAGUACAUCCUGACGGCCACCACCAGCCCCCGUCUGCGCGUGGACAACGGCCUCCGCAUCUGGCACGUGAGCGGCGCGCUGGUCUACAACGAGGACAUGCACGAGCUGUACGACGUCUGCUGGCGCCCGCAGUCGACCAUCCAGCACCCGCUGGGUGAUCCCUUCCACCCGCUCCCGGUGCCCCACCCGUCGGCGACCGCCUACCUGAGCACCCGCAAGGCCCCCGUCAAGCCGGCCGGUGCGUACCGGCCCCCGGGCGCCCGCGGUCAGCUCACGCCCUUGGCUUUCAAGCGAGAGGACCAAGGCGGGUCUGCCUUCGUGGCCGGCAGCGCCCCCGCCGGAGCCGUGAACGGCUUCGGCAAGCCGCGGAGACGCGACGUGCCGGGCGCCGAUCCGGCCGAGUUUCUGCCUCCGGGAGCCGCUCCUGGAGGCGGCGUGGCCCUGCCCCCCGGCGCGGACCACCCGGAGAAGCUCUCCAAGUCUGCCGCGCGCAACAAGAAGAAGCGCGAAGCCCGUAAGCUGCGCGAGGGCGAAGAAGGCGUCCCUGAGACGUCGCCCGACCGCCGUGGCGAGAAGAACAGCAACGACAAGGGCCACGAGCGAAGCCGGUCCAAGGCUCAAGGCCAGAAGUCCGGCCCGCCAGCCAACGGCACCCCCGCGCCCGCGCCCCCUCCCCCCGCCAGGGAACCCACCCCCCCGGCCGUCGAGGAGGGUGUGCCCUCGGCGCACGAUAAGAAGAUCCGCGGACUCUUGAAGAAGAUCCGGGCGAUCGACGAGCUGAAGAUGCGUCUUGCGGGCGGUGAGAAGCUGGAGGAUACGCAGAUGAAGAAGAUCCAUACGGAGGAGUCCGUGCGGAAGGAGCUUGAGGGGUUGGGCUAUACCGGAUAG